UGUAAGUCAAGUCCCAAAUGAGAAAGAGGGAGACAGAGAUAACCAAGAAAAAAAGAAUAAACACAAAAUGCUUUCCUCCGGUUACAAUUACAUGCUCCAAGAAAGAAACAAAGUGAUUUGAUGUAGAAUCAGAAACAAACAUUUUUUAAAAAAAAGGGGCAAAAUAAAGAAAGGGUUCGAUCAUCUGCUUUUUCAGGAAGGGGAAAAAAGAGAGAAAAAGUUGUAUACGUAAAACAUUGCUGUUGUUUUUUUCUCCUCUUUGUUCUAUGUUUGGAAGGGAAAGAAAGUAGGGGAAAAAGUAAGAUGGUGGUGUACCUGAAAAGAGAUGUGAUUGAAGAUGUGGUAAUAAUAGGAGGAUUGAUAGGAGUGCAAUUUGUUAAUGCAGGGAACUCGGUUUUACUUGGUUAUCUCAUGUCCCUUGGCCUUAGCCCUUUCACCAUUGUUAUUUGCUUCACCCUUGCCACCUUCAUUAUUCUCUCUCCUUUUGCUUUUUAUUUUGAAAGGAGCCUAUGGCCCAACCGUCUAACUCUGAAAUUGAUAAUUCAACUUGUUUUUAUCUCCUUUGGAGGGGUGACCUUGUUCCAAUUCCUCUACCUCAAAGGGAUUAAUCUAACUUCACCAGCAGUGGCAACAGCCAUGCCAAACCUUGCUCCUGGGCUUAUCUUUAUAAUUGCAUGGAUUUUCAGGGUAGAAAAAGUUGUUCUAACUUAUCUAUACAGUAAAAUAAAGAUUGUAGGCACGUUCGUGUGUGUCGCAGGAGCCGUUACAAUGAGUAUAAUGCAGAGUACUGACUCGUCAGGAGAUGCAAUGAUGGAUCACCCGGCAGUUGAUAACAACAUUUUCGACAAAAAUAAGAUCAUCGGUUGCAUGUACCUCAUGGCAGCAGUCCUAGUUCUAUCAAGCAGUGUUGUAUUGCAGGCGGCAACUUUGGGUGAUUUUCCGGCUCCGAUGUCCUUAUGUGCAAUAACAUCGUUUAUUGGACUGGUUAUAACUUCAAUAGUGCAGUUGUUCAAAAAUCAUGAUGCCGAAUGGGGUUGGCCCCUUGUCAGUGUUUUGGACCUAGUUGGCUAUUCUCUACUGGGAGGUGCUGUGAGCGGAGCAUGUGUAAGCUUCAAUGGAUGGGCAAUGAAGAAAAGGGGACCAGUGCUUGUCUCAAUGUUUUGCCCCAUUGGAACAGUCAUUACAGUAGUUCUCUCCUUUAUUACUUUAGGCCAGACCAUUUCGUUAGGAAGCCUUGCCGGAAUGUUCCUCAUGUUCAUCGGUCUCUACUUCGUCUUAUGGGCUAAAGGAAAAGAAAUUUACUCAGUCGGGGAUGGCUUUGGAAGCGAGUUCGAUCCAGAGAAGCCUCUGCUAAGCUAAAUUACUAUCCACUUCCAGUCUAAAAACCAGCAAAAACGAAAUUCCGGGGAAAACUUCUCGUUCCGAACCGAAGCAGACCCGAUAUAGCGGAUACGAAUACCAUACGAAAUGUGAUCGAUACGAAUGUAAAUGUUCCUAUAUUUCAACUAUUAUUUUUGCAGACUCAAUAAUAGAGAUGAUAAGAAGUGUUAGGUUGGGGAAAAGAGAAGUGAGAGAAGAGUUGGGCAAAUGAGUGGAAAAGAUUGUGGUUCUGGGAUUUUAGGCUUAUUUGAUCAUCCUUAUCAGUGUGGUCAAUGGCAUUGUAGUAAAGCACUUAUGAUUCAAUUCAAACACCCUUUCUUUUUAUCCAUCAUUGCAGGCACCU